GGAGACUUUAUGCAAAGUUUUUGGGGUCAGACUAGUUGGUAGUUAUAGUACACUGUGUUGUCUCUCUAGAAUCUCCCCACUCUCUCUCCCAUGGCCUCGAUCAUCGCCGCCACCGCCGCUUCAUCGAUCGCGAAGCUCACGCACAUUUCCUCACCUUCUUUCCCAAACCCCAACCCCUCUCCGAAAUCCUCUAAAAUCACCCUCACCUCCUCAUUCACUACCUCCACCAACUUCAAUUUCCACGAAGUCGCCGCCGCCGCCCCUACCCCUCUCCGCCGCUUCUCCGUCCGCGCCGCCCGUGGCAAGUUCGAGCGCAAGAAGCCCCACGUCAACAUCGGCACGAUCGGCCACGUCGAUCACGGCAAGACCACCCUCACCGCGGCGCUGACGAUGGCCCUGGCGUCCCUCGGAAACUCCGCCCCCAAGAGAUACGAGGAGAUCGACGCCGCCCCCGAAGAGCUGAAGCGCGGCAUCACGAUCAACACCGCCACUGUCGAGUACGAGACGGAGAACCGCCACUACGCCCACGUGGACUGCCCCGGCCACGCCGACUACGUGAAGAACAUGAUCACCGGCGCCGCGCAGAUGGACGGCGCGAUUCUCGUCGUCUCCGGCGCCGAUGGCCCCAUGCCGCAGACGAAGGAGCACAUUUUGCUGGCGAAGCAAGUCGGGGUUCCGAAUAUGGUGGUUUUCUUGAACAAGCAGGAUCAGGUUGAUGAUGAGGAGCUGCUGCAGCUGGUGGAAUUGGAGGUGAGGGAAUUGCUUUCCACGCAUGAAUUUCCUGGUGAUGAUAUUCCGAUUGUUUCGGGCUCUGCGUUGCUAGCUUUGAAUGCUUUGAUUGAGAACCCUGGGAUUAAAAGAGGGGAGAAUGAGUGGGUUGAUAAAAUUUAUCAGCUAAUGGAUGAGGUUGAUAACUACAUUCCCAUUCCGCAGAGAAGGACUGAUUUGCCCUUCUUGAUGGCAAUAGAGGAUGUUUUCUCGAUUACGGGUAGGGGGACUGUGGCUACGGGGAGGGUGGAGAGAGGGACGAUCAAGAUUGGGGAUACGGUGGACAUUGUUGGAUUGAAGGAGACGAGGAGCACGGUUAUAACGGGCGUGGAGAUGUUUCAGAAGACGUUGGAUGAGGCCGUGGCUGGGGAUAAUGUGGGGUUGUUAUUGAGAGGUGUCCAGAAGGCUGAUAUUCAGAGGGGGAUGGUGCUGGCUAAGCCUGGCACAAUCACGCCUCACAAGAAGUUUAUGGUGGUGGUUUAUGUGUUGAAGAAGGAGGAAGGUGGGAGGCAUUCCCCUUUCUUUACGAAUUAUAGGCCUCAGUUUUACAUGAGGACUACUGAUGUGACAGGGGCUGUGGUCAGGAUCAUGAACGAUCAGGACGAGGAGUCAAAGAUGGUGAUGCCUGGUGAUCAUGUGAAAAUGGAGGUUGAGCUUAUUACACCGGUUGCUUGUGAGCAGGGUAUGAGGUUUGCCAUCAGAGAAGGUGGGAAGACUGUAGGUGCUGGUGUCAUUCAGUCGAUUAUCGAGUAGAAAGAUGAGUUGAGGUUCGUUGGGGAUUCUAUGGCUGCUUAGCGGCUUUGGUUUUGCCAGUUUUCUGUAAGAUCACUUAAUUGUCGUAUAGGAUUGGGGGGGUUAUGAGAUUACAUUUGUAGUGAUUGAAUUACAUAUUAGUUUAACUUUAGUAUGUUAUUACAAUUCAAUGAAAAUUGUUCACUUUGUUUCGAUUGCUCUGUUGUUAAUAGCAAUUUGCUGCCACCUUAUGAAAGAAUUUAGAAGAGAUAAGACCACUUCUAUCUUGCUUAGCUUAAUAGUUCUCUAUGAGUUUUAUGAUGAUGCCCUUUUGACGAACUUGUAUAUCUAUGUGUAACAUUUUUUUUUCUUGAGAUUUUAUUGAAAUGAAUUCGUGAAUCUGUAUGUGUUACUGGAGCAACUGUGGCAGUGGAGGUUGGAGAAAUCUUUACGAAAAGUAAAACAUUCAGCUUUGCAGUAUUAAGGUACGUUAUCUCUUGAAUAUAGUUAGCUGUGGCUGUGGAUUCAUUGGGAAAUUUAACAUAUGACUUCUUUAAAGAUUAUUUAACUAUAUGACUUUGUUGCCCUUUCUAGCCGACCCUUACUUUCAGACAUGCAAUUAUUAAUGUAGGUAAAAUUUACUAGUAGUAUUUUUUGAUUGAGGAAGACAAUUUAGUACUUCAAGAGUGAAACUUCUGUUUACGACUUGUUACUUGAGCCUAAUGUAUAUAUGAAAUUGCAUUAUGGAUGAAGACUUGACAUCUAGUUAAUAAUGUAACAGGAGAUUCAAAAGCAAGCAAUACAAACAUACAAUAGGGAAUGCACUGUAAAGUGUUUUAUGACUGAACAUAAAAUUCCAUAUGAUUAACAUCCUCAUAAUAAAAAUGAUUCUUAUAUCCUCCUGUCCCUAUUUUAUCAAUUGUUCGAAUGCUGAAAGUAAAACUAUUCGGCUCUUUAUUCAGCACUAAUUAUGCAACACAUAUGCUGCAUUCUUGUAUUAUACAUGUGGCAAAAUCUUGGAUUGUUUUAACACUUAAGUUUCCUUUCACUAAUUUCCAUUAUUAUAAUUCUGUACAACAUCAUUGAUUUGGGAGGAGAAUCCUUGCUUCAGAUUUUGAUCAUCAGAAACUUUAAAAAAGUGUAUGUCUGUUAAAUUGCAUGAGUCAUCCUGAUUGAGUUUUGAAUUUCUGUGUGAGAUAUCUGUGUAAAGUUUCAGACUGGUUCGAACUAAGAUCUUCAUUCGUAAUAUUCUGGUUGCCAUUUAACUAUCUCUAGAAGAGAGCAUGUGUUAACUGAAGUGAUGGCUAGUAAAAAUUAUGUAUCGGGUUUAUGCUAAGAAACAGAAGCUCAAUUCAGUAAAGCAAUAUAGAAGAUUUAUGGAUUGUCCUAAACCAUCAAGAGUUAAGGACAAGAACUAUAGAGAAGUAGAGACAAAGCUGAUAGGUUUUCAUUACCUGAUCUAUAGUACAGGAAAUUAGGAAAAUACCACUUAGAAUUUCACAAACUAUGCAUAUAGAAGACAGGCAUCUUAUUUAUGUAAAAUCCUAGUAUAACAUGAUAACAUUAAACAAAAAUACAUGUAAGCCUGUCAUGACAUUACUGACUCAACUUUUUAAUAGACCUUGAAGGUGUCCCAUUUGCAAAGUGCAAAUCCCUUGUGCUUCUGCUUGAUGAAUCCAUCUGCUUCCACAUCGAUUGACUUAUCCACCACGUCGUGCUUAUCAGCCUCAAUCAUCUUCUUAUCUUUUUCAGCAAAGUGAACUUUCUUCUCAGGACUCUGUUGGUUCUUCUGCUGAUAUUUGUUUUUGCCUUUGUUUGUAGGCUUCUUGUUGAGAACCUCGUGCACGUUUGGGAAAUUGGGAUAGUCCCCUACCAUGCUUGGCAUCCGUUGGAUUCUGUCGAGGCGUUGGAGAUAUUCAUCCAUGGAGUAGCUGCUGUUGUGGUAGUCAUAGCUUCUGCGCAUUUUUUGGCCUAAUUUUGCAGCCUUCUCCUUCUCUCCUC